AUGGCCCCUAGUUUCGAACCUCAGAGACGUCGAUCUUCGCUCUAUCAGCAACGACGUCUCUCAGUCCCGUACGAACAGUAUUCUUGGAGUGCUCCUCCUUCCGGGACCGUAUAUGCAGGUCUCUCGGCACUCUUCUCGGACGAUGGUCUGGUGACGGUCGCGCUCGCCAUCAGGGACGUGACGUACCUUCUAGAUUUUGUCCAGCAGGAAUUAAAACCCAAAAAUAAUGGCUCGUCGUGCGCGGAACUCGGAGAUUUCGUUAUCAACCAAUUGCAGCAGUACAGCGAGAGACACAUGGAGAAGUUCAUCGGCGUAGCAAUGCCGCAGCGUGUAGCAGACGCCUGUCCUGGUCUCUCUUCGCGCCUGUGGGCUGAACUCGAUGUCCUUCCGCUGGUGUUGCGCGAGGAAAGCAGAAGAGAAGGGGAUGAUAAGUUCGCAUUUGGGCUCCCGGAUAGCAAGGCUUGGAAGAUCCGGAGUAUCGACGAGCAGGCUGAGUCGAUGGGUCGUAAAUGCGUGAGACUGUUCGGACCGGACAAUCUUCCCUUGCUACAAGUUGGCUUUCUAGGCUUGGUAGAGGUCGACACGGCCUUCCAUGUCCGUCUCGCCAAUCUCGGUGAUUUUCAAAAAACAGUGACUCCCAAGACAUGGAACGCUGUCCAACAUUAUGCGACAGACCUCAAACAAAGGAAAGUCAAAAUUGCCUUUUUCAGUGCCACCCCUCAGGGUGGCGGUGUGGCCUUGAUGAGACAUGCCCUCGUGAGGUUCUCCCAUUCACUGGGCACCGAUAUUGCAUGGUAUGUACCCAAACCACGACCAGGAGUCUUCCGUGUCACCAAAACAAAUCACAAUAUUCUGCAAGGCGUCUCGCAGCCGGGCGAACGGUUGACCGAGGAGAACUGGGGCCAGGUCGUGGACUGGAUCAAUGAAAAUGCAAAGCGAUAUUGGCUGGUUCCUGGGGGUCCUCUCCUGCACCCCUCAGAAGGGGGUGCCGACGUGGUGAUUAUUGAUGACCCGCAGAUGCCUGCCUUGAUCCCCAUUGCCAAAAAGAUAGCGCCAGACCGGCCAGUCAUCUUCCGAAGUCACAUACAUAUUCGGAGUGACCUGAUCUCCCAACCAGGCACCCCGCAGGAGGAGGCGUGGGCUCGAAUGUGGGAACCUAUCAAGUCCGCCGACAUCUACAUCAGCCAACCCGUGAGGAAGUUCGUUCCGCACAAUGUGCCCCAGGAAAAAGUGGGUUACAUGCCGGCAUCAACGGACUGGCUGGAUGGCUUGAACAAACACAUGCGGGACUGGGAUGUUGCCUAUUACGGCCGGUCCUUCAAUGCGACCUGCAGAAACUCCGGCAUGCCAACCAUUGACUAUCCAAAAGAAAAGUACAUCGCACAGAUCGCCCGCUUUGAUCCAUCCAAGGGGAUCCCUGAGGUGAUGGAAUCGUACGUCAAAUUCCAUGAGCGGUUUACGGCCUCGGUGCACGGAAGGUCGCCACCCAAGCUGCUGAUUUGUGGACACGGGUCAGUCGAUGACCCCGACGGCUCGGUGAUUUACGACGCGGUCGUAUCUCACAUCGAGGAGAACCUCGCCCAUCUCGCGGAUCAGAUUUGCGUCGUUCGGCUGGGGUCAUCGGACCAGCUGCUCAACGCACUACUGUCGAAGACCAAGGUGGCACUGCAGCUUUCCACCCAUGAAGGAUUCGAGGUGAAGGUUUCCGAGGCUAUUCACAAGGGGGUGCCAGUCAUUGCCACCCGGGCCGGAGGCAUCCCCUUGCAGGUCGCUGACCAGGAGAACGGCUUCCUAGUGGACGUAGGGGACACCGACAGCGUGGCGCAGCACCUUUACGACCUGUGCACCGACGAGAAAAUGUACCAGCGGAUGAGUCAAUUUGCGCGGGAAAACGUGUGCGACGAGGUCAGCACCGUCGGCAACGCUCUGAACUGGCUUUACCUGGCCUCGACCCUCACCGGACCGAACGGCUUGAAGCCCAACGGACGAUGGAUCAACGAUCUGGCGCGCAACGAAGCCGGUCAACCCUACACCGAGGGAGAACCCAUGUUGAAGCGGGCGAUCGAUCUAGAGAAGAUGGGCUGA